CCGUCCAAUUAGAUUGCAAUAACCUUGAUUUUCGCUUGACGCAAACAGAGGAUCCGUAUUCCUACUUUUUUAGCCACAGAGCAUUGAGAGCCCAGCUUCCUGCCUGUUACACUAGCAAUUCCUUCCUUCCAUCAAUGGCUUCUGCUCUUUCUCGUCUUCUCUUCUUCUUAUCCCUUCUGUUUCUUCCACUCUCGGCCACCGGCCAAACUGGCCGCAACAUAAGCUUGGGAUCAUCUCUCUAUGUGAACGGUGAAAACUCUUCAUGGGUCUCGCCCUCUGGCGAUUUCGCUUUCGGAUUCUAUCCUAUCGCCAAAGGAAAUUUCUUCUUGCUUGCAAUCUGGUUCGAUAAAAUACCAGAGAAGACGAUGGUAUGGUUCGCUAACAGAGAUAAUCCAGUGCAACAAGGAUCGACGGCUCAGCUCACAAAAGAUGGACGGCUCGUGCUCAAGGACCAUCAAGGCCGGCUGAUAUGGGAACCCAACUCCAUAAAUGGUAGUAUCUCUUAUGCUGCCAUGCUCGAUACUGGCAACUUUAUUCUAUCAAGCAGCGAUUCCGUCGUUAGAUGGGGAAGCUUCGACGAGCUGACCGACACCAUCUUGCCAACACAGGUGUUGAAUUUCGGCGGCAAGCUUUCGAGCCGUCUGACAGAAACCAACUACUCCAUCGGAAGGUUCGAGCUCCGUUUUCUGCCAGAUGGUAAUCUUGUUCUUAAUCGCUUAGCUCUCCCGACUGGAAAUGCUUACGAAGCUUAUUAUUGGAGCAAUACAUAUCUGUCGGGUUAUCAGGUGAUCUUCAAUCAGUCGGGCUACAUUUACGUCCUCCGAAGGAAUCAAAGCAUACUCUAUCUCACGCCGUCAAGCCCUGUUUUAACGGAGGACGUCUACCAUAGGGCGACGCUUGAUAUAGAUGGAACAUUCAGGCAGUAUACAUACCCAAAGGCCGGCGCAAGAGAUGGGAGUGGGGCUGCCGUAUGGUCUGUCGUGUGGUCUGCUCCCGAUGACAUCUGCACAGCUGUCCAAAUCAACAUCAACGGCAGCGGUGUUUGUGGAUUUAAUAGCUAUUGCAGCCUAGACAAUGAUAGAUGGGCUGUCUGCCAGUGCCUUCCUGGGUUUUCCUUCUUCGAUGUGAGUAACAAAUUCAAAGGUUGCAAGCCGGAUGAUGUUGUACAAGCUUGCAAGCUUGAUCCAUCGAGGCGGCCGAGGGAUUUGUUUACACUGUGGGAGGAGGAGGAUUUGGAUUUUCCUGGGCAUGACUACGAAGCGCUGGCUUCCGUAACUGAGGAUGAAUGUAGAGAUUCUUGCUUAGAUGAUUGUCGUUGUACGCUUGCCCUCUUCCGCGGUGAUAGUACCUGUUGGAAGAAGAGGUUUCCUCUCUCGAAUGGGAGGAUAAGUCGUAGUUCCAGUAGAAAAUCUCUCAUUAAAGUAUUGAAAGCGAAUUAUUCACAGCUUCUUCUUCUUCCAGAACCGAAGCAGAAAGAUCAAGAGACAACAAUCCUCGUUGGAUCAACGCUUCUAGGCAGCUCCAUGUUUCUCAACUUGGUAUUCUCAUUAACUAUUUCUCUGUAUGUUUGGUACAGAUACCAUAAGAGAUCGCGGAAAGUUCAACGGAAUCCGAAUAUGCUGCAAUCAAAUUUGCGGUCUUUUACUUACAAAGAGUUGGAAGAAGCGACAGAUGGGUUCAAGGAAGAAGUGGGUAGGGGCGCUUUCGGCACAGUUUAUAAAGGAACCAUGCAAUUAGAUUCCAUGGCCACGUCCGUUGCGGUCAAGAAGCUCGAGAGGGUUAUAGAAGAGGGCGAAAAGGAGUUGAAGACAGAGGUGGGAGCGAUCGGCCAGACCCAUCAUAAGAAUCUAGUCCAAUUGCUUGGAUUCUGCGACGAGGGGGCCCACCGUCUUCUGGUGUAUGAGUUCAUGAGCAGUGGAUCCUUGGCAAGCUUGCUCUUUGGGACCUCAAAACCCACCUGGAAUCAACGGUUGAAGAUGGUGUUCGGCAUUGCAAGAGGGCUCAGGUACUUACAUGAAGAAUGCAGCUCCCAGAUCAUACAUUGCGAUAUAAAGCCUCAAAACAUACUUCUAGAUGAUAAUCUAAUGGCCAAGAUUUCUGAUUUUGGAUUGGCAAAGCUAUUGAGGACAGACCAGACCCGAACAAGCACAGGCUUCCGAGGCACCAGAGGCUAUGUUGCACCGGAAUGGUACAAGAACAUGCCGAUCACGUCCAAGGUCGAUGUGUAUAGCUUCGGUGUAAUGCUUUUGGAGAUUGUUUGUUGCAGGAAGAACGUGGAAUCAUUUUUGGGGAAUGAGGAGAAGGCGGUCUUGACGUAUUGGGCCUAUGGAUGCUAUCGAAGGGGGAGAUUGGACAUGUUAGUGAUGGAGCACCAAGAUGCAAUGGAGGAUAUGAGAAGGGUGGAGAGACUGGUGAAGCUAGGGAUUUGGUGCAUACAAGAAGAGCCAUCGAUGAGGCCUUGUAUGAAGAAGGUGACACAGAUACUUGAAGGUGCAGUUGAAGUUUCAGUGCCCCCUCACCCUUCUUCUUUCAUUAGUUCACUUGGCUGAGUUGAAACCUUCCACCUAGGCCUGAAAGUCGGGUGGGUUCAAACCGACCAACCCAUGACCGACCCGACAUUGGGUUGGGCUCGGGUAGGAUGUACCGGGUUUGGUCUUGAGCUUGGGCUAUAUAAACACCACCCCGAUAAAGGUUGGGUCGGGCUUGGGUUGAGGUCUCGGGUUGCCCGACCCAACCCGAACCCGAUCAAUAUGUCAUAUAUAAAUUGUAGUUGAUUGUGGAUCAUCUAUGUUGAAGGCAUAGGAAAUUCCAGCUUUGGUUGAGGUCUCGAGUUGCCCGACCCAACUCGAAUCCGAUCAAUAUGUCAGUUAUAAAAUGUAAUUGAUUGUGGAUCAUCUGUGUUGAAGGCAUAGGAAAUUCUAGUGCCAUCGGGUCUCAUUGGUCCAUGCCAUUUCCAAUUAUUCGAGCUAACAAGAUACGCCAGAUUUCUCUCUCUCAAAUAGAUUGCAUACUACAUAACACGGCCUUUAAAGGAGUAG